CUCUAUAAGACUGUAAACACUUGACUAUUGAAAUGACAUCUCAUUUGUUUGAAUGCAUUCACUGAUAAAAAUACAUAACAUUUGAGACAAUGUUUUCAUUCAAUCAACGCUUCAAACCAUUUCAAUAGCAAGUGAUCAAUUAUCUGACGAUUUACUCAUGUCUUCACUAAUUACUACUAUUGGUUCUCAUUUGACGGCUCGACAUCUUAGCCGACAAACAUUUGGAUACAGUUAUAGUUUAAUUAAAAGACACUUAUCUACUAAUACAUCAAACAAAGACAAUGAUAGCCAUAAUUAUGAUAUAAUAAUAAACGGCGGCGGAAUUGCCGGCUUUUCAACACUUGUGGCCCUUAAGAAUAGCUCAUAUCUUAAGAAUCAUAAAAUACUUCUAAUUGAAAGACAGAUCAAAACAGACAAUCAUUUAGAAAGAAAAGAUAAUCAGUUUUCAAAUAGGGUUUCAGCCAUAACUAAGUCAUCAAAAAGAUUUUUUAAGAAAAUCGGUAUUUGGGAUGAAUUUAAAGAGUUUGCCAAACCUGUCAAAGAGUUUUUCGUUUGGUCUCAGAAUUAUAGAAAUGCCAUCAAUUUUAUACACGAUUUUGAUGGUGAAGACAAUGAUGAUAAUGAUGUUGUUUGCUUUAUUGUCGAGAAUAAUAGGAUGUUAGCAGCUCUUCAAUCACAAACAAAUCAAAUUAAUGAUAGCGUUUGUUAUGAGACUAUUGUAACUGACAUUAAAAGUGAUGGAAAUUCUGUGAAAGUGGACACAAAAAGUUUAAAAAAUGAAUCGCAAAGUAGUUUAGUCACAAAAUUGUUGAUCGGUUGCGACGGAUUUCAAUCAACAGUUCGCCAAAAAUCAAAUUUAGUUAAUUUUGAGCACGAAUUGCAAGAGAUGGCAAUUGUGGCCACACUUAAUGUUUCUUCUGGUUUUGGAAAUCCUAAUAAUGAUAUUGCAUUUCAAAGAUUCGUUUCCAUUAAUGAUUCAGUUAUAGCAUUGUUACCUCUUAAUCAAGAUUACAGUUCACUUGUUUGGAGUGUACCUAAAGAUUUAGUUAAACAAUUGAUGCAAAUGAAUGAAAACAAAUUUGUUGAACAUUUGAAUGAUUGUCUUAAGACAGAAAACUCAAAUUCUUCAUCUAUUGUCUCAAAAUUUGAUGGAAUAAUUGAUAGUAUUUUUCCAAAAUCAAUGAUAAGUAAUGAAAAUGUCAGUUAUUCAGUGCCACAAAUCAAUUCAGUGGUAACCGAUUCAAGAGUUGCAUUUCCUCUAAAGCUUAGUACAACACUUCCAUAUUUUGUUGGAUCUCCUAAUGAUUCCAAAGACAAUAAUAGGAUUGUUUUAUUAGGUGAUGCCGCCCAUCGAAUCCACCCAUUGGCGGGUCAGGGACUUAAUUUGGGUAUUGGAGACGUAUAUGUGUUGACACAAACUAUUGAAAGUUAUCUCUCAAGAGGGGAGUGUCUGUUCGGUCAAAAUCCAUUAGAUUGUAGUAAACGACUGGAAAGUUGUUUAUUUGAUUUUGAAAGCAAACGACAGUUUAAAUCAAUUGCUAUGAUAUCAGCCGUUCAUUCAAUGAAACAAUUAUUUAAUUUGAUUCCCUCUAAUGUCUUGUCUGUUAUGAAUUCAGCCAAUUUUGUAAAGAAACAAAUUGUUAAGUUUGCAAAUAGUGUUUAA